AUGAAUCGUUUCCUGAUGGACUACAUUUAUCAUUAUUGGUUUUUGCAAAUUGAACCACGAUUUUUAAGUGUUUUUGGUCAAGAUCACCGGACCAACAAUUACUUAGAAUCCUUCCAUGCAACGUUGCUCACUCAAAUUGGACGCCACCCUAAUAUUUGGGACUUUCUUCAAAGACUGACUAUUGUGGAAAAUCAGUUCUUUGUAGAAUUUCAACAAAGCAUCUAUAAUCUCAUGAUCAGAGAUGGCACUUCCAGAUCUGAAAGAGAAAAUUCAACAAGGAUUAUUGCAGAAUCUGUGCAGCAACUAAACAGAGACAGUGAUCUAUUGAUGUUUUUGAGGAGGACUGGUCACCGAAAUAAUGGCUAUGUUCAACAACAAAUUGGAGCCUAUCCCUGA